AUGGCGGCGAUGAACGUUGUUCUCCUUAUUCCACUCGUUCUGGCCUUCAUGCCUCCCCACGUCGCCCACGCUUCCACGCCGCAACCCACGCAAUUCGAGAUCUCCAUGCGAAAAACGUUGGAGCUUCCCGAGGAGUUGAGGCGGCAGCAUGCGGACCGCAUUCUCGAAGCCGCUCGCGACGCGGAACGCGAAUUCGAAAGCGGCGGUGCGGGCGGCCGGCGCGGCGAGCGUGUUCUGGUGGACACGGGAGUGAAGCUCGGGCUGUCGGCGCCGCCGCUCAGCUCGGGGCCGAGCAUGGCGACGGUGAACAUGUCGUUCUACCGCUGGGAAAGUGUCGCGCCGCCGCCUGUCAUCGACUGGCGCAGGACCGUCGCCAUCACGCCCAUCCAGACGCAAUAUGUGGUGCGUAUUCCGCUCGCGCCUCCACACCCGUCUGCCUCUCACUUGAUGUCUGCUAGCUGCCAUGGGCUCUCCAAUUUCCCACUUACUCUCCUCACAUCCCCCGCAGUGCUCAAGCUCAUGAUGUGGGCGAUCGCCAACAACGGCGUCGGGACGAAUAUGUCGCCGCAGCAGGUGUGCGACUGCGCGACGAAGCAGUGCUGCCAGGGCGGGUGGCCCGAGUGGGCCUUCUCCUACGUGCUCUUCAACGGCGGCGUCACGUCCAACGCCAACUACCCCUACCUCGCCUACGAUUCCGCCACGUGUCUGCUCGACACAUCCAUGCCGUCCGUGGCGCAGAUCACGGGGUGGGAGCUGGUGCCGGCAUUCAACGCCAUGGCGCUCAUGAAGGCCGCGUACUCAAGCCGCGGCGUGCUCAAUAUAUACAACGGGGUGUGCUCGACGGAGGUGAACCACGCGGUGGUGGUGGUGGUGGGCUUUAACUACACGGGGCCGGACCUCAAAGGGAGCUACUGGAUCAUCAAGAACUCGUGGUACGCCACGUGGGGCGACCGCGGCUACAUGUACCUCGCCAUGACGCCCGACGUGCGCGGGAAAUGCGGCAUCCUAUCACUAGACGCCCCUUUUCCCCUCCCCCGCCUGCCAGUGUGGCGAAAGAUUGUACCCGGUCUACUUCCCAUCCGGGUAGCAGCCGGCGCGCUUCUCGUCCGACAAGGGCGGCAAGUGGAGAAUCAACAAAGUGGACGACCUCUCGUCGUCGCUCUUCUCCUCCACCCUUUCAACCACCAACACCCCCAGCACUACAAUUACGACCACGAUAGUCUCACCCUCGCCCUGCAAUUCCUCUCCGUUGCUGCAGGCUCAACCCAGCAGUCAAGAUCCGCAGUCAAGACCCAUCUACAACAGCAGUCUUGCAGUGGGCUCCUCUGUCUGUGCCGCGCCAAGAUCCGCUGUGACGUGCAGUUUUUCUUCCCCUCUCCCACCCCCAUCCCCUCCCUGUUCCCAGUCUCUCUGUUCCCAGACUCCAUGACCAGCAUCAACUGCACGGGGUGGUACCGGGUGAUGCAGGGCGACACAUGCCCCUCCAUCUGGAAUGCAGCCAACCUCACCAUGUCCAUGUUCCUCUCCAUCAACCCGGGCAUCCAGUGCCAGGCGCCCUACCUGGUGGUGGGCCAGCAAGUGUGCAUUAACUCACCCGUCCUCACCACCAUGCAGCGAAACCCAAACGCCAACUACUCGAUCUACACCGUCCGUGCCAACGACACCCUCUCCACCAUCUCCUCCCUCUUCCUCCCCCGCUGCACGCUUCUCUCCGUGACCCCCGCCGCCAUCGCCACCCAAAACUUCAUCGUUAACCCCUCUGCACCACUCCCCAUCGGCAUGAACCUCAUCAUCCCCUGUAUAGGCGGCUUCGGCAUGAUCGACGGCGGCUGUGCGUUGUCUCUCACAGUGUGCGGAGCGGAUUUCGUCUCGUACCCGUCGUACUGCCAUGCAGCCGUGAACUACGCUCUUCCAAUCUUCCAGAAUAGCCCGUGUGACAGGGGCACCUGGAAGGGGCACCUGGAAGGGGCACCUGUAAGGGGCACCUGGAAGGGGCACCUGAAAGGAGCACCUGUGGGGACACCUGUGGGGUGCAUGGGGUGA